AUUAAUCCACUUGUCUCCUCGGCGAAGGAAAAAAACAACAGAAAAAAAAGAAAAAGAAAAAAAGAGAGAGAGAUCUAAAGGGAGAGAGAGAAACAUAGAGCGAGUCACAGCGAAAUCGUCACCGAUCCAACGCGAACGAGUUAAAUGGAAGGAGUGGGGGCUCGACUCGGGCGGUCCUCCACUCGGUACGGACCAGCCACUGUGUUCACUGGACCGGUCAGGAAAUGGAAGAAGAAAUGGGUCCACGUUUCCCCUUCUAACACCGGCAACAGCUCCAACAAUAACAACAAUAAUCACUCUCAUAAUAAUCAGCAGACCACAAUCAACGGUACUUCUAACGGUAAUAACGUUUCCCAUCUCCUCCUUUUUAAAUGGACACCUUUAUCCCAAACCCAAACCAACAACAACGAUAAUGACAAUUCCUCUAAGGACGACGCCGUGGCGGCGCCCCAAGAGCCGCCAAGACGGAAGUUUAAAUACAUUCCGAUUGCUGUGCUAGAGGAACAGAGAAAGGAAGCUGAUGAAAACACCGAUGAUGAAUCUAAACUGAGCGAAGCUGACCCUAGUGCUGUAGAGCCAACUUCCAGGAAUGAUGGUCUUGAUGAAAAACCCGACAUUAAUGACAUACCUAUGGAUGAAAGUCAGGAGGAUAAUAAAAUAGUGCGACAAGAUCUGAACGAAAGCACAUUGGAUUUGAGCUUGGGUUAAACGGUUUGUGACUGUGAGUCUGAUUCGAAAACAAAUCGCAACGGACAGUUGGAAAGAGUAAAAUUUAUUAGUGGUCGAACAUGAAUGAGUAUAGCUUUGCAGGCUGUUUCAGCAAAUAGAUGCAGAUGGUAAGUAGACAUUAUUAUUAGUCUCCUCAUUUAUGGCAUAUUCCUUAGAGAUUCAAUUUUCCCUUCGGCCUUCAAACUUGCAGCCCCUUUGUCUUAAGCUAGAAGAAGACAGUGAAAUGUCUUGUCUUUGUAUUUUUAGUCUCUUAUAUUUGACACUCCAUUGAUGGGCUCUGAUUGCAACUUGUAUUGAUUUAAGAAACAGAACAAGCUAGUUUUUUUUGUUCUUUUGUUGGAUGUCCCAUUAAGUUGGUUCUCUCGACAGCUUUUUAAUGGAAAAUAUUUCAAGACAUUGUGUAUAA